ACAGAUGUAAGUUUAAUCCAGGCAACAGCCAGAGCUGGCAAGUGAAUAAGAGGUUGCCCUUUUGCUAACAUGCAGUAGUAUUCAGUAGAAUAUUCAGGAGCCAGCGCAACUGUCAAGGCGGACUCAGACGGGGAGAUGAAAACCUCCUGGAACUGUGUGUUCGUGUUUUAUUCUCUCCAUCCCUUUGUGUGGAUCUAUGCGUUUCCACUCUUAAAGCUUGGCAGCAAGAGGUGUUAUCUCUAGCACUGAGCUCAGCUUUAAAAGGAAAUUGCAAGACUCUAAGUCUGCCUUUCAGCCCGUGAUGAGCCUCUGAUUAAUAGAUAAAGCGAGAGGGGGACACCCGGAUGAAUCAAGGAAAAACUUGCAGAGGGGAAUUCACCACACGAGCUCUGCUUAUUUUUGGACUCUGGUUUUUGGAAGAUUUAGAUUAUUCUUUCCUCUUUUUUUUUUCUAAAGCUUUGAACUGGACCUACGUUUAAUGUAUCUGAAGUCCGCAGUGAUUGCACAUUUGUUUCUCACGCCAGCUGAGGCAGAGAUGCUGUAAUGUUGUGCAUGGCUUUGGACUUCCUUUGAGAGGCUGUUGUGUUCACCUGAUCAGCGGUCAUCUACUGUUUGAAUACAUGCUGAUCAGCUCUUCCACCUUUCUGCCCCUCUUUUUUUCUACAUAACAUUGUAAGCAGGUUAAUCACUUAAGCGACUGGGCAGUGAUUUGUAACGGAGUGUGUGAGGCUGGAUUCGGAGUGGUCGUCUCCUUCUGACUGAACUGUCUCAUGCUCUUCAGAGGAUCCUGAGACUUUGCACCUCCCAGGAGUUUGUCUUACCUGAUUUAACCAAAGGAGAGUUUAAAGUAUCGGCCAAAAGCCAGGAUGCAGGUGUCCUUAGUUUGCACGGACCACCGUGGGGGGGUGAGCCGCACCACGGAGGACCGGCUAAACCGACAGAAUGCCAACAGCCCGAACACAGGCACCCGCAGCAAGUUCAGAGCAGUGGCGAUGGUGGCUCGCAGUCUCGGACAACUCUCUGUUCAGAGUGUGCCUUCCUCCAGCGAGCAAAGCAUGAAGACUGGCAUGAAGUAUAGAAACCUUGGGAAGUCUGGCCUGCGGGUAUCCUGCCUCGGAUUAGGAACAUGGGUGACGUUCGGUGGACAGAUAACGGAUGAGAUGGCGGAGCAGCUGAUGACUCUGGCUUAUGAAAAUGGCAUCAAUCUGUUUGACACAGCGGAGGUCUACGCUGCUGGGAAGGCAGAGGUGGUGCUCGGAAACAUUAUAAAGAAGAAAGGAUGGAGACGUUCAAGUCUGGUGAUAACAACAAAGAUCUUCUGGGGUGGAAAAGCGGAGACUGAAAGAGGUUUAUCCCGAAAACAUAUUAUAGAAGGUUUAAAAGCCUCUCUAGAAAGACUGCAAUUAGACUAUGUGGACGUGGUUUUUGCAAACAGACCGGACCCUAAUACACCUAUGGAAGAAACGGUUCGAGCAAUGACCCAUGUGAUAAAUCAAGGCAUGGCCAUGUACUGGGGAACGUCCCGCUGGAGCCCGAUGGAGAUAAUGGAAGCGUACUCUGUGGCUCGACAAUUCAACCAGAUACCACCCAUCUGCGAGCAGGCUGAGUACCACAUGUUCCAGAGAGAGAAGGUGGAGGUGCAGCUGCCUGAGCUCUUCCAUAAGAUAGGUGUGGGGGCCAUGACGUGGUCUCCACUAGCCUGUGGGAUCAUCUCAGGAAAAUACGACGGCAGGGUGCCUCCGUACUCUCGGGCCUCUCUGAAGGGUUACCAGUGGUUGAAGGACAAGAUCUUGAGCGAGGAGGGCCGGCGUCAGCAGGCGAAGUUGAAAGAGCUGCAGGCAAUCGCGGAGCGGCUGGGCUGCACUCUGCCCCAACUCGCCAUCGCGUGGUGCCUACGGAACGAGGGGGUGAGCUCUGUCCUUUUAGGGGCGUCCAACACCGACCAGCUGAUGGAGAACAUAGGAGCGAUACAGGUUCUUCCAAAGUUGUCAUCGUCCAUCACACACGAGGUGGACAGCAUCCUGGGGAACAAGCCGUACAGUAAAAAGGACUACCGCUCCUAACGCGCAGCACGGCCCCGCCCGGCAGGGCUGCACCUGGGCUGCAGCUGCAGUGCCCCACCUUUGCCUGAUCCUCUGUUUGCUUGAGCUUUUACUGAGUGAGACCCUGGCGCAUGAGUCUGGCCACACCAAGGCCACCCAGGGCACCUCAUUUAGAGUUACAGGGAUAAGAUAAGAAAAGGGGGAAAAAAUACAGUCACCUCCAGGGGGGGUGGGGGUGGGGGGACGGGAAGAGAGACAGAAGUGGAAGAGAGGUUAGGGAUAUGCGCUCAUACUUAAAUCAGUUAUACAUUCAAUUCAGCUGAACGUAUUUUAAAACAGUAGAGAAAAAAAUACCUUUUUAAAAAAAUAAGCACACGCUUGCUUGGCAGCCAGAUUUCUUUUUUUAUUUGCUUUGAUUUCUAAAACUGAAUGCAACUAAAGGAAGAUUAAGUUCAUACUGUAGGAAUAUAUGAGAACUACUCUGUUGCACAUGUACCAUAGCCAUGCAUUUGUUCCUUGGACGUUCUGUUUACAAAACACCUGUGUACUGUACAAGUCCGUCAAGGUUUCUCUGAAAAACCUUUUGUUUGUGUUGUCGACAUCGUCCGUGUACGAGCCUGUGCGUGGGCUUUAACAAUCAGCACUUUAGUAUUGUCAGUAGGUGUUGGAGGGUAGUUCUUAGGAGGGGAGAGGAUGGGUAUUACAAGUCUUAUAUCACAGCCAUUGCACUAUAGAAUCAUAUCUCCUCCUGAUAGGUCCCUCUUCUCCUCAUCCUCUCUUUGAGUCUUCACUGGCAGUGCGUUCGUCCGGCCUCAUGCUCCGACUCUCCUGCUGUCUCGACAUGAGGAGGGGGAAUGAGGUUCCUCCGGAGAGUAGGCCGACGUAUUGGGCAACUCGUCUGCCACUGAAGAGAUUAGCUAUUUAUUCACCCCUAACGGUCGGAAACUGCGGUCGCGUUCAAUCAAACGCAGUGUGGUACUUCACUGUGUCGCCCAGCCUCUGCUCUCCGCUCUCAGGCUGAGGAUUUACUGUGCAGGAAGUGGUCAUAUCAGCGCUGGCUCCACAUCUCAUGGAAACUUCUCCUUGAUCAAAUUCUGUUCAAGUAUUUUGCCUUAUUUACAGUUGCAUCAGACUGUGCUGUGGGCUUUGGCAUAGGCGAGCAGCUCGACAGCUGCCCCUUUGGCCGACCGGUCUCGUGUCCCCAGUAAACACUGGAACGCUGACUGGAGGAAGAGGCGGCGUGUCCAGUUAAUCAGCGGGUGGCAGCAGCUCAGGGAACAGAGCAGGUGGUUUUUAGUCGUGUGUUGGCGUGCACAUGGUCUGGAGGUUGUAUUUACUCGUCUGUCUUUCUUUCAUGUGUGGACACUGGGCAGGACCAGUGACAUCUUAGCGUGACUUGAGCCAAAGAUCUUCUUCUUCUUCAUUUCUCUUUGACAACACACCCGAGUGUUUCACUCUCACUUCCUGCAAGAUUAUAGAACUCAUCUUGACGCAUGUGCUGUCCGGCUUGUUAUCUACCAGUAGUAUGGACGUAACUCCAUAUAUAUAUCUUUAUUGACCACGCUGUUAUACUAGCUAACAAAUAUGUCCUUCAUAUACAGAAUGCAUUAGUACAGCUACUCGCUUUAGGAUCGGUAAGGUUUGUUUCAGGCGCCGUACGACCUGAGACGUGUCAGAAAUAUUACUGCAGAAUUAGACGCCACCUUAUAUCAUUCUUUCUCCUUUGGGUGCUCUCCUACUGUGAUCAAAGCACAAGUGGAUAGCAUGUGAUACAUCCUCCAAGCAUGGACCCUCUUCACCCGGCCUACAGUACCUACGGGACGAGCAAGCUGACGCUACUCCGCUUACUAACACGUCGUGUAGGUAAACAAAUCUUUACUAACAGCUGAUAAACGAUUCUUAGCCGAAAAUAAACAAGUACACAUAAAUAAAACUGUCAUAUUAGUGUGAAUGGCGACGUGAAUGAGGCGUUAGAGUGGAGGGGAUAAUCAAAGUUAACGUUACUGUGUGGGAUUUGUGCGGAUGAAGAUGCUUCUCCUCCGACGUGAUUUUUAACAGCGGCAAAGUGAUUUCAUGUCUCUGCUGUUGAUCCUGUUGGUGUGCAUGCGUGAAUGUGUGUGUGUGUGUGUGUGUGUGUGUGUGUGUGUGUGUGAGAGAGAGGAGGGGGAGAGGCAACUAAACUAAUCCCUUGCUUUAGCCUGUUGUAUUAGUUGAUCCCUGUAUAUGGUUGAUUUGCUGUGUCUGAGUGUUUCUCAAAAGAAGAGAAAAAAAAAAAAGAAACUCAAAGAGCAUUUAGUUCAUUUCGUCUGUGGAGUUUCUGUGUCUUAAAUAUUUUCAUCUGCAGGGAGCAGGGAGGACGUUUGAGACUUAGAGUGUGACAUUUUGGGAAAUACUCUUAUUUAUACCAAGAGUUAAAAGAAGAUUGAUGCCACUCACGGCUGUCUGUUGAAAUAUGAAGUCAUGUUACAGCGAGCAGCAGGCUAACUUAGCUUAGCAUAAAGACUGGAAACAGCUGGUUGGCACCUGAUCCUCCAACCUGCUCCUCUAAAGCUCACCGAUUAUCACGUUAUAACUUGUUUGUUUAAUCCAUACAAUAAUUAGUUUGCUGGGUAGGGAAACAGACUUUAACACAAGACCUGUUCAUAAUCCUCCUGUAAAACGGCAAAUCGUCGUUUGUUUGUUGAGCAGAUUUUUUUCCUUUCAGCGCUGGCGUCUUUUUCCAGUUGCUCACAAUGAGGAGUAGCGUAUGCUGCCACCUAGAGAAAAGCACCACGCCCAGCAGCUUUUUUUUCAGAGUGCUUUUUUGUGCGCCCACUCCUGUCAGCUUUUCAAAAAUGCGCCGGUGAUGUCACUGCUGCUCCUUUAGCUUUAGGCUGCUGUCACAACAAAGACAGUAAAGACCAUUUUGUGGGAGCAGAUCGACCAGCGGACACUGGAUGUUGCUGCGGAGUGUUGUGCUUUUAUCACAGCACUGUUUAAGUUUGCUAACCGUGUAGUCAACCGUCUGUUAAUGUAGCAUCGCGUCAACUGCCUAGUUAAUGUUAGUGUCAAGAUAUUGUUGUCAUAGAUACCAAACCCAUGCGCGGUGCUGGGAUGAAGCGCUCCCCAACAUCAUGCCACCGCUUUUCUGCCAAAGAAAAACACUUAAGGCUCCAAACAAACUAGAUGUAACUUAUUAAUUAGUGAGCCUUAUAGCAAGUUCAUACGAUACAAUUUAACCCGCUUUUCCAUUCGCCAACAGCUUUUGAAGAUCGCAGACAUAAGCCCCAGAUCAGAGGCAUAUCGGAGCACGCAAAGAUGCGAUCUGAGAGAUGCAUUGCAAACGCCUGAGGUGUUUCUAUGGACCUGUCUGCAAGUCCAGAUCCUGAAGUGUGAAAUUUGUUUCAUCAGUCGCGACAAAUUAAAGCAAAUGAGAGUGCAAGAUACAGGCAGAGGGAAAUAUCUGGGAGGAGUCGCAACACCUGCAACAGAACGUCAGCGGACGUGACAGUGAGAACGACUGCAAAUCAGCGCACAAACAGCUUGGAUCGCUAGCUUCUUGCAGAUGUAGUCCUUUCCUGUAUCAUGUUUUGUUGAUUAAAUGUAGUUUGGAGAACAGACAGACGUGAGUUUGUCCCUACUCUGCCUCUGAUGGGUUUACUCUGACAUUCUUCCAACCAGUCUCACUCCUUUUGCCUAAACUUAACCAAUCCAACCAAUGAGGACGAGUACUAGCCAAUCAGAGGGAGAGUAGGCGGGUCAUGCCUUUACCACCCUAGAAAAUAAGAUUGUCGUUGGGGAUUCCUCCUGGUGAAAUUGCUUGUCAUGUGUGACCCCACGUUGCUGAUCACUCAUGUAAUGUGCAAACUACAACAACUUAAAGACAGCCUGUAAUAACAGUCGUGUCAUGUGAUCAGUGCAGCAGUCUGACGACCAACGUACGGUGACGUUAGAGGCGCACGUCACUGGACUGUUAUCUUUGUACAGCACCAGGCCGUCUCCCUGUCCCCAGUCUUUAUGCUAAGCUAAGUUAGCCUGCUGCUGGCGGUAGCUUCAUAUUUCGUGCACAGACAUGAGACAUGGUGUCAAUCGAAUCAUCUAACUCUCAGCAAAGACAGUAAAUAAGCACGUUUCCCAAAGCGUCAGACUUUCCCUUUAAAAGGUAUCGCUGUGCAUUUAGUUUGGACCAUCAGUGUUAUUUCACACCGUGCUGACCCGCCCAACAAAGAUCUGGUGGUGUUAAAGGUUUCUGCACAUUGUAGAAAUAACUGUUAAAUGUUUUGAGGCUGAAGUGUAGUUACCUGGUGCCCUCGCCUGUGUAGGAGAAACUCAUGCUUUAAGAGGUCCCAGUUUCUUCAUGUUUGCUGUUCUGACAUUUUAAUAAUGACUGGUGGAGAAGUGAAAGCAGAGCCACAGAUGGAUAGAGCUUAUUUUACAGAAGGUUCCAGGUGAUACAGAGAAUAUAUUUUUUAUGUUUUAGCCUUUAAUGCAGUCGAGAGAAUCAAAAAGAAUUGUUUUUAUUUUUUUCAUCAUGCUGCAUUUUUCCUAUCAGUAUUGUAUCGAUUUUAAGACUGACAAAAAGAAGCAAUUUCUUUGUGUUGUGUAUGCAUCUAUGAGGAAUGCUCUGACGUGAAUGCAUCGGUGGACUGACUUCACUCUGAAGAUGACGUAGUGAGAGCCUGGUAUCUCCUGUACAUAGUUUGACCUUUGUAUAUAUAUAUAUUUCUGGUUGUGAUCACCUCUGCCUUUUCUCUUUUUCUUUUUUAAUUUUCUUUUGCAGGCGUUGCUAUCUGCACUGUGCUUGAAUCUGAAUUUAGACAGGAUGUACAGCUUCGAUCUUCAAUGAAAAUGAAAUAAUGAU